AUGGCGGACUUCCUGCGGAAUCCCCGGGUUUUGGAAGCCGACAUCAUCGCUAUUCAAGAGCCCUGGGACAACCCGUACACCGAAACAACAUAUCACCCAGCGAAAGCAACAAAUGAGCUUGUCUAUCCGUCAACAAAUGAAUGUCAGGACGAAAGGACCCGGGUCUGCAUGCUGAUUUCGAAGCAUCUCCAAUGGAAGCAUCACGUACAUGGAAGAGAUGCACACGAAGUGAGGAUUCGGACGGAUAAUAAUGGUGAGCGAGAUGAGCACGAGCUUCGGGUUAUCAAUAUAUAUAGCCCAGUAGGGUCUGUUGAGACGGUCAACAUGCUCGGAGAUGUUUUCGGCCGAAAAACAAGGUCCAGGACUAUCGUGAUCGGGGAUUUCAACCUUCAUCACCCCGCUUGGGGUGGAGAUGAUGCAGUCCAAGACGCUAAUGCCGAUGCUCUAAUUGAGCUGACUGACUCGGCGGACUUGGAUCUGUGGCUGGCCCCCGGCACAAUCACCCGCGAUGAAUCCGGCCACCAGACUACGAUCGACCUAGUCUUUGGCUCUCAUGACCUAUCUGAGCGUUUCCUAGCAACGGAGAUAGCCCACGAAUGCCAUGCACACUCGGACCACUUGCCAAUACGUACGAUACUCGACGUCAGCACCAGCACUACCGACAGCGCGCCUAAACGCCGCAAUUGGAAGGCCAUAGAAACCGACAAAUUCGACAAAUUUGUUGCUGCGAACCUCCGAAUUCCAUUAUUAAACCAGCUCGAUACGCCACAGCAAAUUGACGCUGCCGUCGACCACUUGAUAGAGAUCAUUAACCGGGGCGUCGAAGAAUCCACGCCAUGGGCCAGACCCAGCCAGUACGCCAACCCGUCUUUCACCGGCGAAUGUCGGCAAGCCAUCAAAGAGACACGACGUCUAUACCGUCGCUAUAUGACUUCCCACGAUGAAGAAGACUGGGAAGUCUAUAAAUCAGCGAGAAAUGAGAAAGGCAGGGUGAUCAAACGGACUCUCAGGACCGGCUUUCGCGAAUUCGUGAAAGAGGCCAUUAACCAGGGACCCCAGGGUCUCUGGCGCAUGUCUAAAUGGGCUAGGAACCGAGGCCAGGAGCAAAGCAGCAUCAUGCCCCCGUUGAAGACAGCGGACGGCAUUGCCGAAUCAACAACUGAGAAGGUUCAGGCACUGCGCAAGACCUUCUUCCCAACACCCCCGGAGGCUGAUCUCUCAGACAUUGGGAGCUCUCGAAGCCAGCCUCAAAAAACGACGAUCACCUUCCCACCUAUCACGGAGCAAGAACUCACUGACGCAAUACGCCGAGCACCUCCCAACAAAGCCCCCGGGCCAGACGGCAUUCCAAAUAAGGUCUGGAGACUACUGGCAAGUGAGGAUUCAGCUUCCUACCACGUUUUCAUGCACACCCUCCUCUCUAUUUUUGUGAGACCACGCAGAGUCUCCGGUUUAGUUAGGGUCAGCGGGGAUGAACUAAAUACAGGCUGGCCCAGCUUCCGGGCGUCGAGGGUCCUGACAAUUUUCAACGCUUGUAUACGCACCGGCCACAACCCCCAACACUUUCAGACCUCAAUCACAGUAACGCUGAGAAAGGCUGGACCCCGUGACUACCGCUUGCCGAAAGCGUACAGGCCAGUUGCCCUGCUCAAUACACUGGGUAAGAUACUAGAAGCAAUCAUUGCUACCCGUAUUGCCUGGGCCGUUGAAGAGCAUCGACUGCUUCCUGACACGCAUCUCGGAGGGAGAAAAGGCGUCUCGGUGGAUCAUGCCAUCCAGCUAAUCCUAGACCGAGUGCACACUGCCUGGGGAAGCAAGCAGAAAGUGAGCAUGCUGCUUCUCGACAUUGCUGGUGCGUACGAUAACGUGUCACAUGAGCGUCUGCUGCAUGACAUUGGACUUCUCGGCCUCGGAGAGCUCGUCCCGUGGAUCAAAGCCUUCCUCACCGACCGAAGCACACGAAUUCGACUACCCGGACACUUGAGUGAGGCAUUUCCGACCAAGACGGGUAUCCCGCAGGGCUCACCGAUCUCACCAAUCCUAUUUUUGCUAUUCAACGAGCUCCUAAUCAGAAGGUGCUCGCUGGCGACGACGUACGGCAAGACAGAGGCGUUGGGCUGGGUAGACGACACCAGUAUCAUUGCCGUUUCUAACAGCUACGAAGAAAACACCUGGCUUAUUGAGAAAGCUCUCGAGAGAGCGGAUGAAUGGGCCAGGCGGCAUGCAGCAAGGUUUGCACCCGAGAAAUUCGAGCUUAUCCACUUUAGCAACCCACAACUACCCUCCGAACCUAUACUUCCGAGCCCCCCUCCAAACGCUUCCGAAAUCGACAUCUGGGAGGUGCCGGACGAUGACCCCUGUGGCCAUGACCGUAUGCCAGUCAGCAUGCCGGGCCAGGAAGCGCCUAUACAACCAGUCGAACAAGCCAAAUACCUCGGUGUCUGGCUAGAUAAACAACUCAGUUUCAACACACACCGCAAGAAGCUCCUUGCAAAAGCAGCCGGCAGCCUGGAAGCCUUACGAGGCAUCUCGGGGUCUACGUGGGGUGCAUCAUUGAUGUCUAUGCGUAAGCUCUACCAAGCAGUUGUCGUGCCUCAGGCUCUCUGGGGCGUCUCUGCUUGGUACUGCCCGGCAGCACGCUCAAUGCCGGCAUGGGAAAUGACGCGCCUAGUCAAUGAGCUAGUGAAGUUGCAGAAACGCGCAGCUGUUUUGAUCAGCGGCGCGUUUAAAAGCAUCUCCACUGCUGCAUUAGACAUUGAGCUCUUCUUGCUCCCAAUGAAACUGCGCCUACAACAGUCUAUCGAGGAAUGCGCCAUUCGCAUCCUCACCGGACCUCAGUGGGCCUGUCCCCGAACGGCAAAAAUAGCAAGGAAGCCGAUCGAAAGACGUCUGGGUGGAUGGACACCCUUAGAAGCAUUGGUCUGGAAGAAAGGACCUCUCAAACUCAACACGAAAACAUAUACGGACCCUGCGGAGAAGUGGGAAGAAAGAGUCGCAUUCGUGCUGCCACCCUGGGAGAGACGUAUCUCAUGUUACAUUGAACCCUCGGAGGCUGCGAAGGCAACCCAUGAAGCCAUCAUCCGAAAGAAAUGGUAUGAGGAAGGAAGUGAGACUUCCUUGAUAUAUACGGACGGCAGUGGCUUUGAAGGCCACAUUGGUGCGGCUGCCGUCAACAUCCAUGACGGUGAUACCGUUAUCUCAGACCGCAGACAUCUCGGUACGGAGAGCCAAUCCACGGUGUACGCUGCCGAGCUCAGCGGCAUUGAGAUGGCACUAGCAAGGGCGAUAAAGAACAACAAGGCAAAACCCAUAAAGGCUCGAGAGGUGACCCUCUUCUCUGACAGCCAGGCCGCCAUUCAGGCGGUCCAGAACCCACAACGACCGUCGGGCCAGUACGUCCUCGGGGUGAUAUACGAUCACGUACGGACCCUUCGAUCGAGACAAUCGACAUUUGUUACCCUCCGCUGGAUCCCCGCACAUAACGGGGUGCCUGGCAAUGAAGUUGCCGAUAGCAGUGCGAAACUGGCAGCCAUCGAAAGUGCGGGAGGUGCGACCGACGGAGGGGCCGGAUCGGAUAAACCGACGAUCCGACUUGCUGCCGCCGCCAAGCGUAUGGUUCGGGCCCGUAUUCAGGACCGCUGGCGGAAGCAGUGGGAUGCGGAGAGGACUGCCCAGCCGACAAAGCGCUUGGUGGAAUGGCCGAAUAAGAAGGUCCUACGUCUAUACGAAGGCCUGUCUAAACCCCGCUCAUCGAUCAUGAUACAGAUACGCUCAAUGCGUAUUGCGCUGCGGCACUUCCUGUACAAGAUCAAUGCAGCGGAUUCGGACAAAUGCCCGUGUGGAGAAGGCUCUCAGACCCCGAAGCACGUCUUGCUUCAAUGCCAGACCUUUAGUGGUCUAAGAAGAGAGCUUUUUGAUAAGCUAUUUCAGGCCGGGGUUUCUAACCAUACUGACUACGACACUCUAGUGUCAGACCCGCUGGCGAUCCGCUACGUCGCCAAAUUCAUGCAUCAAACCGGCCUACUUGCUCAGUUUCAACACACUCAGCAAGAAGAGUCCGAUGACGAAACUGGAGAUCCUGAGAUCAUGGAGCAGAGUCCCGAAGACGCUGGGUACUCACCACCGCCUGCGCCGACGUUUGAGGAAGGAGAGAACCUCACUCAGCUAUUCGAAUAUACUAUACCGGACUGGAUUAAGACCCAUGUUCGGCCUGAUGAACGAUAA